GUUUGGCCCCCAGGCGGCCGCCGUAGCGCGUCUUUCCGUUGCUCUGGGAGACGACCCCGGCCCAGGGUUGGAGGAAAGACGUUUCCCGCCGGCGGGAGCUGCGGUUGUGGCGGCGCGGGGAGCUCAGAGACUGCGGGGCGCGGCGCUGCAGCACCAUGGCGGACCAGCUUUAUCUGGAAAAUAUAGACGAGUUCGUCAUGGACCAGAACAAGAUCGUGACAUACAAAUGGCUGAGCUAUACACUAGGUGUUCAUGUUAACCAGGCCAAACAGAUGCUGUAUGACUAUGUUGAAAGGAAGCGAAAGGAAAAUUCAGGAGCCCAACUGCAUGUCACCUAUUUAGUAUCUGGCAGUCUCAUUCAGAAUGGAUAUUCGUGCCACAAGGUUGCAGUAGUGAGAGAAGAUAAAUUGGAAGCAGUGAAGUCCAAGCUAGCUGUGACUGCCAGCGUCCAUGUGUACAGCAUCCAGAAAGCCAUGCUAAAGGACAGUGGGCCUCUGUUCAAUACCGACUAUGACAUCCUUAAAAGCAACUUGCAGAACUGCAGCAAGUUUAGUGCCAUACAGUGUGCAGCUGCAGUCCCUAGAACUCCUGCUGAAUCCUCAUCUUCGGAAAAGUUUGAGCAGUCAAAUCUUCAGGUAUCAAGUGAGACACAAGCCAAUAAUGAGUUGACCGCCAAUGGUCAUGGCCCACCUACCUCCAAACAGAUUUCCCAUCAGCCUAAAGGAAUUAUGGGAAUGUUUGUCUCAAAAGCUGCUUCUAAAACCCAAGAUACCAACAAGGAAACCAAAACAGAGGCUAAAGAGGUAACAAAUGCAUCGUCGGCAGGCAACAAGGCACCAGGGAAAGGGAAUGUGCUGAGCAAUUUUUUUGGAAAAGCUGCUAUGAAUAAACUUAAAGUCAAUUUGGAUUCAGAACAAGCCGUGAAAGAAGAAAAAAUAGUGGAACAACCUCCAGUGUCUGUCACUGAACCAAAGCUGGCAGCCCCAGCAGGCCUGAAGAAAUCCAGCAAAAAAGCAGAGCCUGUUAAGAUGCAGCAGAAGGAGAAAAAAAGGGGGAAGCGAGUGGAGUUAUCUGAUGAUGAGACAAAAGAAACUGAAAACACAAAGAAAAAGAGGAGAAGAAUCAAACUUCCUGAGUCUGAUAGCAGUGAAGAUGAAGUCAUACCGGCUUCUCCGGGGCUGUAUGAAGCUGAGUCACCCUCGCCCCCACCGCCGGCAUCUCCACCUCCUGAACCGCUGCCUCCGCCUGAGCCAGAGCCUCCUUCUAUAAAGAGCUUAAGUGGAAAAAACAAAAGAAAACGAAAGCGUGUGCUGAAAUCUAAAAACUUUUUGGACGACGAUGGCUGCAUGGUCACUGAAAAAGUCUACGAAAGUGAAUCCUGCACAGAUAGCGAAGAGGAACUGAAGAUGAAGACGUCCUCCAUACACAGGCCCCCCACCAUGGCUGUGAAAAAAGAACCCAAAGAGGAACGAAAGGGCCCCAAGAAAGGGACUGCUGCUCUGGGCAAAGCCAAUAGACAAGUGUCCAUUACUGGCUUCUUCCAGAGGAAGUGAACUGCCAUCUCUGUUAGGUCAGACAUGGAGUGGUCAGGGAGAAGACCAAGACAUACAGACUCUCACUUACUGUGUAAGUUCAUCCAACGCCACGCCUCACCUAUAUCAGAAAACUUCUUCCAUCCUGCAAGAUGUCUACUGUUGGUUUGUAACCAAAAGGAAAUCACCUGGAAGCAAGGGGCAAAAGAAUAUUUAAAAAGCUGGUACCUUCUAAUGACAUUUUUUAAGCACAAUCUUUGACCUGUCAGGAGAAGAAUUUACUCCAAAAAAAAAAAAAAUUGGAACAGGUUUCAGAAUUCUCACUGAAGCCGUUUAGUGGCGAAUUCUCUGCGCCCUACCUACCCUGUGCCCUGAUCCGCUUAUGGCUCAGGGGGUUCCUCCUUGUUCCUUUGUAUUCUGUGGACUUGUGUGGGUAUUCUUUUAUCCCUGAAUUUUACUGGAUGUGUUUACAACUCCCCGUCAUCCCUUCCCCACUACCAGUUCUGUUUGCAGCUGUUUUUUGUAAGUCUCUUAACUUGGCUGGACUAAAGGCUGAAACAAAAAUCUCCCUGUAAUCCUCUUUUCCUCCAUCAGAAAGUACACUGACACCCGGCUGCAUAGCAGCACAUUACUUGUGUUCUACCCCUUUCACAAAAGCUCUCUAGACCUUCUCUGGCAAUUAGUGGUUAGGGAAACGCCUCGGGCACCGCACAAAUAGAAAUGUAAUGUAUUCAACUCCACCAGAAAUUACUUAGAGUCAGCAUUUGAGGGUAUUAGAGGCUGUCAUGGUGGUGACACAGGGCGUGCUUUAUACCGUCGGUGAUUUUUGUCUCCUCCCCUCUUUCCCACUUUCAAUACCUAGAGAGAGAAACCUAUAGAAUUAAACAAAGGCUGAAAAGAGAAAUCCCUUAUUACAUGCAGUAUACAACAGUUAAGUAAAAUUUCUUUUUCUCAAGGAAAUUGAACAUUCAGAAACAGCAAUUUCCCAGGAGGGUCAUGAGGAGAAACGAAGCACACAUUUACAAUAUAGGUAUUAUUCCUCGGCAUUUUUAACCCUCCCAUUUGCCUAAAAGUCUAGGCUCCCCAAAAAGAGGUGGAGUGACUGAGUUGUAAGUAGGUGUAAACUAUUAGUAAUAAGUAAACCAUUUUCAUUUGUGACUUAAGGAAAAUCAUCCAUUCCAGUGAUGAGUUUAGCAACUUCCAUUAUGGCUGUGCAGUGGGCUCAGUAGACUGAGGUCAUGCUGUGGUGGCCUUGCACAGCGAGCUCUGGGGAAAGGAACACAAGCUCAGCUGCUGGUGUGACUCACUGUGACCAGACGAGGGGUGUCUGACUUGCCCCUUUUACCUUAGCCUAGUGUGUGUCCUAAGUGACAGUCAGCCAUCUACUGUUUAAAGUUAGGAUUAUGACUACCCUUGGAUUAACAGUUUCUUGUUUUGUUUUUUUAAUUUUUAUUGGGUAACUGCUUUUUCCAGGACCCAUCAGCUCCAAGUCAAGUUGUCCUUUAAUCUAGUUGUGGAGGGCGCAGCUCAGCUCCAAGUCCAGUCGCCA